CUAGCAGGGGGAAGGGGCGUGACCUCACCUCUCGCGAGACCGCCUCCUGUUGCUGCCGCCGCCGCUCCAGGCCGCUGACUGGCUGCGCCUGCGCAGCCACCAUGUUCGGUUGCUAUGCUGCGGCCUAGGAGACGGGGUGUACUUGAGGGAGGAGGAGGAGACGGAGGAGGAGGAGGAGGAGGAGGAAGAAGAGGAGGAGAAGGAGGCGGGGGGUGACUGAGCGUCUCUUGCACUCACACACGGACGCUGCCAGGAUUGCCAACACGCUCACGUCGCGCUGCGCCCCUUUCCGCUCCUCGCGACCCCCUACAUUGUUCUCCCGGACUCUAGGGUCCUCAGAAAUUGGGCCGGAGAAAUUUGGCUUUGGCUGAGGGGUCGCAGGUUUGGGGCCAAGCCCCCACUCCGAGCUCCCCUCCCCCACGGCACUUUGGGGGUGUGGAUUAGCUCAUUCCGGCCGGGAGGUGGGAGCGGGCUCCGGCUGCCCGCCUCCCGGCGCGCUGGCCCGCCGCAGCCCCGCAAUAUGAGGUGGUGCUGGCGGCUCGGGCCCGUGGCGCGGCCGCUGCGACGGCUGCUCGGGGGGUGCUGAGGGAGCCCCCCCGGAGUGGCGCGACGGACGUGCUUCUUCCUGGCGCUCCCGGGCCUCCAAGCUUAUUCUCCAGCCGAGAGGACGGGGCUGUGAUACGUAGAUUUUGUGUGGACAGUAAUGACCUCACGUUUCCGAUUGCCUGCUGGCAGAACCUACAAUGUACGAGCAUCAGAAUUGGCCAGAGACAGACAGCAUACAGAGGUGGUUUGCAACAUUCUUCUUCUGGAUAACACUGUCCAAGCUUUCAAAGUUAAUAAACAUGAUCAGGGGCAAAUUCUGUUGGAUAUAGUCUUCAAGCAUCUUGAUUUGACUGAGCGAGACUAUUUUGGUUUGCAGUUGGCUGAUGAUUCCACAGACAACCCAAGGUGGCUGGAUCCAAACAAACCAAUAAGGAAGCAGCUGAAGAAGUUGCUUUUAUUAAUUCUAGGAGGAUCUCCUUACAGUUUGAACUUUAGAGUCAAAUUUUUUGUAAGUGACCCCAACAAGUUACAAGAAGAAUAUACAAGGUACCAAUAUUUUUUGCAAAUAAAACAAGACAUUCUUACUGGAAGAUUGCCCUGUCCAUAUAAUACUGCUGCCCUUUUAGCUUCAUUUGCUGUUCAGUCUGAACUUGGAGACUACAAUCAGUCUGAAAACUUGCCAGGCUACCUCUCAGAUUAUUCUUUCAUUCCUAAUCAACCUCAAGAUUUUGAAAAAGAAAUUGUAAAAUUACACCAACAGCAUACAGGCUUAUCUCCUGCAGAAGCAGAAUUUAAUUACCUAAACACAGCACGUACCUUAGAAUUCUAUGGAGUUGAAUUCCACUAUGCAAGAGAUCAAAGUAACAAUGAAAUUACAAUUGGAGUGAUGUCAGGAGGAAUUCUGAUUUAUAACAACAGGCUACGAAUGAAUACCUUCCCAUGGUUGAAGAUUAUAAAAAUUUCUUUUAAGUGCAAACAGUUUUUUAUUCAACUUAGAAAAGAAUUGCAUGAAUCUAGGGAAACAUUGUUGGGAUUUAAUAUGGUGAAUUACAGAGCAUGUAAAAAUUUGUGGAAAGCGUGUGUAGAACAUCAUACAUUCUUCCGUUUGGACAGACCACUUCCACCUCAAAAGAAUUUUUUUGCACAUUAUUUUACAUUAGGUUCAAAAUUCCGGUACUGUGGGAGAACUGAAGUCCAAUCAGUUCAGUAUGGCAAAGAAAAGGCAAAUAAAGACAGGAUAUUUGCAAGAUCCCCCAGUAAGCCAUUGGCACGGAAAUUAAUGGAUUGGGAAGUAGUAAGUAGAAAUUCAAUAUCUGAUGACAGGUUAGAAACACAAAGCCUUCCAUCAAGGUCUCCACCUGGAACUCCUAAUCAUCGAAAUUCUACAUUCACACAAGAGGGAACCCGGUUACGACCAUGUUCCGUUGGUCAUCUGGUAGACCACGUAGUUCACACUUCCCCAAGUGAAGUUUUUGUGAGUCAGAGAUCUCCAUCAUCAACACAAGCUAAUAGCAUCGUUUUGGAAUCAUCACCAUCACAAGAGACCCCUGAAGAUGGCCAGCCUCCGGCUUUACCACCCAAACAAUCUAAGAAAAACAGUUGGAACCAAAUUCAUUAUUCACAGUCUGAACAAGAUCUAGAAAAUCAUACUAAUGAAACAUUUGAUGUUCCCUCUUCCCCUGAAAAGUCUACCCCUAAUGGUGGUAUUCCACAAGAUAAUCUUGUUCUAAUCAGAAUGAAACCUGAUGAAAAUGGAAGAUUUGGAUUCAAUGUAAAGGGAGGAUAUGAUCAGAAGAUGCCUGUAAUUGUGUCCCGAGUAGCACCAGGAACACCUGCUGACCUCUGUGUCCCUCGAUUGAAUGAAGGGGACCAAGUUGUACUGAUCAAUGGUUGGGACAUUGCAGAACAUACCCAUGAUCAGGUUGUCCUUUUUAUCAAAGCUAGCUGUGAGAGACAUUCUGGGGAACUUGUGCUUCUAGUCCGACCUAAUGCUGUAUAUGAUGUAGUAGAAGAAAAGCUAGAAAAUGAGCCAGAUUUCCAGUACAUUCCUGAGAAAGCCCCACUAGAUAGUGUCCAUCAAGAUGAUCAUUCCUUGCGGGAAUCGAUGACCCAGCUAGCUGAGGGGCUUAUUACUGGAACAGUUCUGGCCCAGUUUGAUCAACUAUAUCGGAAAAAACCUGGAAUGACGAUGUCUUGUGCCAAAUUACCUCAGAAUAUUUCCAAAAAUAGAUACAGAGAUAUUUCGCCUUAUGAUGCUACACGGGUCAUUUUAAAAGGUAAUGAAGACUACAUCAAUGCAAACUAUAUAAAUAUGGAAAUUCCUUCUUCAAGUAUUAUUAAUCAGUACAUUGCUUGUCAAGGGCCAUUACCACACACUUGCACGGAUUUUUGGCAAAUGACUUGGGAACAAGGCUCCUCCAUGGUUGUAAUGUUGACCACACAAGUUGAACGUGGCAGAGUUAAAUGUCACCAGUACUGGCCAGAACCCACAGGAAGUUCAUCCUAUGGCUGUUACCAAGUCACUUGCCACUCUGAAGAAGGAAACUCUGCCUACAUCUUCAGGAAGAUGACGCUAUUUAACCAAGAGAAAAAUGAAAGUCGUCAACUCACUCAGAUCCAGUACAUAGCUUGGCCUGACCAUGGUGUCCCUGAUGAUUCAAGUGAUUUUUUGGACUUUGUUUGUCAUGUACGAAAUAAGAGGGCCGGAAAAGAAGAACCUGUUGUUGUUCAUUGCAGUGCUGGAAUUGGAAGAACUGGUGUUCUUAUUACAAUGGAAACAGCCAUGUGUCUCAUUGAAUGCAAUCAGCCAGUUUAUCCACUAGACAUUGUAAGAACUAUGAGAGAUCAACGAGCCAUGAUGAUCCAAACACCUAGUCAAUACAGAUUUGUAUGUGAAGCUAUUUUGAAAGUUUAUGAAGAAGGCUUUGUUAAACCCUUAACACCAUCAUCAAAUAAAUAAGAAAACAAAAGUUCUGGAAUAUGUGUUGGAAAACUGCUUUUCAUUAUAUUCACUGUGCCAUGACACUGCUCACAGGAAGUGGCAUCUCAUUAAAAAAAAAAAAAAAAUGAAGAACUCACAAAAACUUUGAAAACUUCAGCACUGUUGCACUUUAUGUUAAAAAUGUCAUUCUUUCAAAAUUUAUAAUUCAUCUGUUUGAAGACUUAUUUCAUGCUUUGCUCCGAACAAAUAGUGAAUAACUGAGUAUGUUCAGGGUAAUUUAUGAAAUUUUGUGGUGGUGCCAUGCAGUUCCCUUCUGGUAAAAUUGCUACAAACAAGGCUCAGAAUUCUCAUCUCUGGUGUACACCUGUGUCUUGAAAGCAAAAAGAAGUAAACAUCGCCAGUCAGCUCUGGUCUUUUUCGGUGUUUUAUGUACUUUACUGAUUAUCAGAUUUUAUUUUUUAAAAUGUUAGCAAUAUCAUUCUCAAUAUUAGCCAAUACACUGCCUACGGAUGCAGCACAUCUUCCCCUAUACCCCCACCUUUGUAGAGACCUGCUGUUCAAAAGAAGAAAGGUGGAAUUCGUUAUUCCCAGGAAAUGCUGCACAUUGUCCAUUUACCAGCAUCUUAUAGAAAGCAUAAAUAGGAAUCUACAAAUUUUCUUGGAUUCAAUAAUAUAACUUAUAUUUAUCUUAAGGUUGGCUUAUUCCACAUCAUGUGAUUUCACAUACUUGAUGUAAAGGAAUGCAUGCAUUGUGUCUUAACCCCUUAAGUGCCUUGAGCUCACAUUAUCUAAUGAAAAGGCACUCAUUUGACCCCAAUAGGAGGUGUGUAUGUAUAUUGUACAUUCUGGCAUUUUUAUGCAUUUUAAGUAAGUUCACUUUUUUUAAAAAAAAGCUUCUUAAUAUUGAGAGUUAGGCAGUGAAAGAAGGGUAAAGAAAUUUCAUUUCUUACUAAAUACUUAUAUUUUGCCAUAAGAAGCAAAGUUAAAUUGUAUUCUACUGAGUGCAUGCCCUGCUGCUAUGGAAUUAUUAAAAAAUCUACACAUUCCUUAUUGAGGGACAAGGAUUACAGUUUAGCAGCUCAACUUAUUCUUCAACUCUCAUAUUUAUUUUAUCCCUGAAUUUAGAAAUGGUGUCUAAUAUCUAUGUAAAAGAUACACAUAUUGAUAUUCUAAGCUAAAGUUAGAGGACAAUUAAGUAGUUGUGAUUUAUUCCUAUAUAAAAUAUUUUUCUUUAGCACUAAUUUCAGUCAAUGCCAAGUUUUCUCUGCACUGGUCUUUCAUUGGAUUUCCUCAAACACUUAAAUAUUAUUGAUUGAUUUCUAAAUCAAAUCAGUAAUUAAAAUGAGGGUUUCUCAUUAUUUUGUAUACAUUUAAAUUAGCUUAUCUAUAUUUUUUAAGUUAUAAGCGUGUUGGUAAAGAGACUUUUGAUUGUCUAGCUUGUUUGAGGAUCUGAUUUCCAUCAAAGAUGUGUAUAUUUUUGACAGAUUUUUCUGUUUUUAAGUCCAGUGAGAUAAAACUUUAAACUGCUCGGUUUAAUAUAAGUGAACAUUUACUCACCUACUCAAUCAUUAUUUUACAUAAUUAUUGGAUUUUUGUUUUGGAUUUUGUUGUUGAUUUGGUUUGGUUUGGUUUGGUUUGGGUUUUUUGAGACAGGGUAGUCUCCCUAUGUAGUUCAGGCUGGUCUUGAACUUGUGGCAGUCGUCCUGGUCUUGAACUUGUGGCAGCCUCCAACUGCUGGGAUUAUAGGCAUGCCAUAACUGUGUUCUUAUAUAAUUGUUUUAUAUGGGUAUAGUUAAAAUUGAUUAAUUUCUAGUGGUAUCUGAAUAUUUCCAUACCAUAUAGUUUAUAGAGUCCAAUGGUAAGUAUUUUAGAAUGCUUUUUAGUAUGAGAGGAAAAAAUGUACAUUUAAAAUCCUCAGUAAAACCUUUUAUAAAGUCCAUAAUAAUAAAUUCUAGAAAAUUAAGCUCCUAACAUUAAUAGCCAAGAUACCAAAUAAAUUGUCAUAUUAAAAUAUUUUCUUUUUUAAAAGAAAGAAGUAAACUUAACCUUUAUGUUAAAGAGAAAUUCUCUUACAUAUUUCCUGAUUUCACACUCAAGACUAUAAAAUAGUUAAUAAGUAUAGUCUUACUUUAACAUUCCAUUCUCUUCCAACAGAUAAUGUGUAAUUUAGGCUGUGUGACAUUAUGAUAAGUUGAAAACUGAGAAAGAAAAAUCAUGUUCAGGGUCUGAAUAUUAAAUUACGGUUUUGGCAUUUGGUUUUCCCUGAAUUAAAAAAAUAAAAUCUGGAGCUGGGGAUUUAGCUCAGUGGCAUAAGCACCUGCCUUGCAAGUGUGCGAUCGUGAGUUCGAUCCCUGGUACAAAUAAAAAUGAAAAAGACAAAAAAAACCCACCUUAAAAAAAAAUAAAAUCUGUCAGUUUUAACUGUACGUGCAGAAUAUGACACCAUAAGUAAAAAGAUACCUGGCCAGGUGUAGUGGCAGCAUGCCUGUAAUUCCAGCACUUAAGAGGCUGAGGCAGGAGGAUUCCUGUAGAUUUGAGGCCAAUUGGGGCUACAGAGUGAGCUCAAGGCCAGCCUGAACUACACAGCAAGACCAAAAAAAGAAAGAAAGAAAGAAGGAAAAAAUUAAAAGGUACCAGUUGUGUAAAUAUAAACGAACUACUGUUUUUAAUUUAGGGUUUUGUUUACACUUAUGCAGUUGACUGUAAUUGUUGGCAAUGAGUGCUGCUGCCUUUUUAAUCAUUAAUGUCUAUCUUUAAAUGACAAUGUAUUUGAAAUGUGGAAUUAUAUUCAAAUUUCUCAUAUAUGAAUUUUUAAUCUGGGAAGUACCCUCUAUCAGUAUUUUCAUGUAUAGAUAAAAGAUUCUUUUAUAAAGGCAUAUUUAUUGAAAUCUCACUUAAAAUGAUUUAUCCUUUACAUCUUCUUAAAAUGAAUAUUCUGAUUAAGCUGCUGUUUACCAAACAGAAAAAAUUUUAUCCAUUAAGCAAGGAUUUUUAACUUGUUUAUUAAUCUAAAGAGGUUUCUAAAAAUAAUGGUAGCUUUCAUACAUCAAGUACUAGACUCCAUCCACAAUGUAAGACAUGAUACAAUGCCAAAUUUCCUAUGUAAGCUGUUCCCCCAACUCCUCUAGCCACAGCUGCCCCCACGCAUCUGUGUUCUCAGAAUGGAAAUCAUGAAUUGGGGCUUUUGUAAAUGCUCAGAAGUGUUAGUGAAAAACUACUUCCCUCUCUGAUUUAGGGUGGUUUUUCUAUGUUCAUUUCAAACCUUUUAUUAAGUAUUUGGUUUGUUGUCAGCACUGUGUACAUAGGAUGAGGAAUAUUUUGGAAUUGGAUUCACAUUCUCAAGAACUAGUUAUUUAUAUAUAUAUAUAUAUAUAUUUUUUUUUUUUUGGUCUUUUUCAUUUUUAUCGGUACCAGGGAUCGAACUCACAACUGCCUGCUUGCAAGGCAGGUGCUUAUGCCACUGAGCUAAAUCCCCAGCCCCAAGAACUAGUUAUAUUUGUUAAACUAGUACAUCCAUUUCAAAUCGAAGCAGAGUAACAGCCUAAGAAAUUUUCCUUUAUAUAGCCUGCUAGGACAAGUAAGAAGGUAAAAGUUUUCUAACUAUUAGUCUAGUUCUCUUUAUUAUACAAGAACUUCAGUAAAUUGUAAGCUAUGUGAAUAUCAGAUUCUUACAAAUUAAGUUUUUGAACUUGAGAAGUUGCUCAGGCAGUGUUUUCAUUUUAUGACAAUCUUAAGAGAUGUCACGUAAGUUAGAAAAUAAGUAGGCCUCCAAAAUGUUUAAUUUGGUUUGCUAUUUAUGCUUCCCUAACAGAGGACAUAAGCUUUUAUUAAGUAUUUAGGCUGAUACAUGUGCUGUGGGAAAACACUCUGAACUGUAAGUGAAGACUUAAUUUUUAAAAGCACUUAAAACAUAGAACUAAGAUUUAGAACAUAUAUCCUCUUAUAAUGAAAUAAUUUAUGCUCAUAAUGUGAACAUGUAAUAGAAUUAAAGCAUUACUUAUUUUAUAAUAUUACCAGGAACGGAGAGGAAACACGAAUUUAUAACAAUGUGCUAUUUAAUGUCUAUUUUGAAUAUUUUAAAUAUUCUGAUGGUAAGUUUGCCAAAGUAGUUUGAAUUUGUAAAAAUUAUUUAUACCACAAUAAUGUGGAAUGUGUUUACAGAUUCUUUAUUUUGUAGCAGUUAUUUUAUAGUUCAGGUUAAUUUAAAUUUAAGUCUUAUAGUAAAUACAUUAUGGUAUAUAUUUGUUGAGAUAAACACCUCAGUAACAUGAUAAGACAUACAUACGUGAUGCCACAGCCUGCUUUUCUAUAAGCUGCCACAUCAAUAAAGUAAAUACUUUGUUUUAAUACUGAUUACUUCCCACAUUUGUUUCAGCUUGCCACAAUUCCUGGACCUAUUUGUGGCUUCCUCCAAGUGAAAUAGCUGUUAUUUUAAUGCAUACAAUUAAUAUAACGUGCUGGAAUUAGUCAUCUGUUGACGGGUAUUUAUUGGUGUCACAAUGUGAUCACUAUACAAAUUGUUAGCAACUACUUUAUGAAAUAGAGAAUUGUGUAGAUUCAAAGGAAUUUAUAUAAUCCUAAAAUAUUUUUGAGAGCUAAUUGCUAAUAGAUAAUUUCAUCAGUUUUAACAGCCCAAGAAAUUAAUCACUAAAUUGUAUGCUUUGGGUUCUUCAUCAUAUUUAAAAGUAUUAUCAACAUAAGUUUUAUUUAUAGAGACUUCAUUUAUUCUCAAUAGCAACUAUAAUGUCUUUUAAUGUUAUUAGAAAAAAAACAGCAACCCCUGUUAUUACCAAAAAUUAGGCACAUUAUUUUCAGAGUUUUGGUAAAUUUGUUUUAGGUAAAUACCAAAAGGUUAUUUAUGUUUCCAUGUAUACCUUUGCUGCUAUAUUAUUUGUAUGUUUUUCUACUGCAGUAUACUGUUCGUUCUGAAGUUUUUUGGUCAUUCAAGCUAAGUGGGCAGCUAGAAAUACAUGUGCUGGAGUAGAGUCCAGCAGCACUGGUUAGACAUGAUUCAAUGCAUAUAAGUAUCUGCUCCUUAAUGAAAGUUAUUAGCAGUAUUGUGAAUUAAAUACUGCAGUUUUAAGGAACAGUUCAAAGAUUUAACUUCUUGAAACCUUUUAAAAUUUGCAGUAUAAGAAUGAAAAUGUUUGAAAGCCUUGUUAAGUUCAUAAAAGUUUCAGUUGAACACUGUGGAGUUUUCCUAUCUAUUAUUCUGUAAAUGAUAAAGUAUUUUUCUAUGGACAAAAGGUUGAAACUGUCAACUUCUUUAAUUUCACUGUUUAAAGGGAUAAAAUGAUAUUUGUAUGUUUUUCAUGCUGUAAAGAAAAUGAAUGUAUCUUCUAAAUGUUAGAAUUAUGACUUGAUUUUAAAGAUACUCUUACUGAUUGAAAAAAGUCUACAAAGCAUGGAAAAAAUUUAUUACAUGGUAUUCAAAAUGCAAUUUUAGAAAAGUAAUGUUCAUAUAAACAAAAUCUUACUGAAGUAUUCAUUUCAAGUAUAAUGUACAUUCUUUUUCAUAUUGUUUUGCUUUGGCUCAAGAUUAGAAGUUUUCCAGAAAAUGUGCACAUACUGUUUUUAACUGUAAAAUAUUUGAAUUCUAGACUUCUAAGAUGUAGAAGAGUGUUGAGGGUAAACAUGCUGCUGUUAUGUAUCUACUAUGGAGGAAAGUUCCCAAGCUUUGCCACUGUGGCAGCAUUGUUGUAAGAAUCUGAUUUUGCUGAAACCAGAAAACUGUGCUUAAGAUUCACUACAGUAAUGUAUGCAGAAGCCCUUGACCUGAUAAAUGAUUUUGCUGUUUUAUUACCAUGUCAUAGACAUAAGACCACUGGGCCCAACCCAGACUUGUAGCAGCUGUUUGUUUUUUUUUUUUUUUAUGUUUAAGAAUUUAUUAAUUCAACAACAACAAGAUCCCUUCAUUUUAAACUAACCUCUAAGGCAUGAUAGAAUUGUUUAAUAGUUCUUUUAAAAGGUAGUAGUAUUUAGUAAAUCAUUCAACUUUAUUCAAUUUGAAGUUCAUUAUGUAGUCUCCUACAUCCAACCCUCCCAAGUUUUUCAGUAUCACUAAUUUAACUCUUAAAUGAAAUAAAUACCAUGAACAACUGAACAGUAUCUUUAACUUUUGCUACAAUUAAUAAAUGUGAUGCCAGAUUUCCUUCAACCGUUGAAAUCUGCAAAAUUUAAGCAUACAAUUAUUACUAGGAAGCCAAUAAGAAGGAGAUAGCCCUGCUCGUAAGCCCAAACAGUUGAUUUGUAGUUUGUUCUUGCCCACUGUAGCAAAAAUUGGGCCUGUUUUAAAUUUUUUAUUAAAUGAAUCAUUUUGGUUUCUACUCUCAAGUUUUAGUAUUCCAGUUACUUUCCAGGACAAGAAAAUUUCAAGCCUGUUUAGUGAUUCCUUGGUACCCAUCUUUUUCCAUCCUUCAGUGAGUUGGCAAGAUGAUCUGAUUCUUUAAUUCUGUAACAUAGCUCUCUCAGUGCUAAAACUGAUUUCUUAAAUUUCAAAUAGUGGCACUUUAUUUCUUGCUCACUACUGACUUAAUUUAUACAUUUAAAAAUACGAGUUUUGUAAAUACAAAACAAAUUUCAUUGAUUAGUAUUAGAGCUCACUAGAUUGGACCCAAGAGUAAAUGCUUUUCAAAGAUCUCUUCAUAGCUUAUUUGAUAAUUAACAGGUAACUUGUAUGAUUUUAGCUUUGCCACCUUUCUGUAACUUACACAGUACAAUAAAGGCUACCCAGUUGAACGCGUUGCUGGACUCUUGAGUUGUCUCAGCUAGUUUCAACCAAGUUUGGUUUACUAUAACCAUUUCUGCUUUGCAUUUUGUGUAUGUUAAGUGAAUCCUGGAAACCUGUUUUCAUUGUAAUACCUAGGAGUUACGUAGAUACAUCAUCACAAAUAAGUUUGAGGGGACAGAAGUACUGACAGUUUAUAUAUGUAAGAAAGGGCAGGAUUUAAGAGGCUAAAACAGUUUACAUUAAGCUGUUUUCAUUUUCUGCCAGUAAACUAUACCAUAUAUCCUUUAAAAAAUAAAACUGCCCAACCCAAUGUUCUCUAGCAUCAGGACAUUACAGUUAUGAUGUAUGUUGUAAUCUUUUCAAAUCAGAAAAGCUAGUCAUUUUCUACAGUGUAGGUUUACUUUUAGGACUGAUAGUUUAUUAUGUGCUCAUAUUUUUAAACAGGAAUUUUGAAAAUAAUUAUUUCUAUGUACAGGAUAUUUUAAUUUGAAAUUAUUUUCUUGUAACAGGUGCUAUAUGUAAAUAUGAAAGGGGAAACUUGCUUAGUUAAAAGUCUAGUUUACUUUCUAAUUAAAAUAUAAUUUUACAUUUCUGUUACCAUUAGAUGUUUGUACUAAGCUAGUAGCAAGAUGGAAUUAGUCUUUUAAUUUUUUUAGACUACCUUCUCACUUCAACAAAAAAAAAUCUUUUUCAGUAUGGUUCAUUUUCUUGAUGAAGAGGCAAAAAGCUAAGAAUUAAUCUAAAAUCUGUAAGCUUGAAUUUGGUCAACACUGGAUACUUUUAAGAUUCUUACUAUGCAUUUGUCACUGCAGCUUACUGUGUGCUUGAAAGGCAUUGUGUAUUUGUCUUUAUUCCAGUGAAAAAUCAGAAUUCCUGUCAUUCAGCAAACAAGACAAACAUGUUACUUUGCAUUAAGAUUGUUUUAGUCCUAGAAGAAAGUUAUAUUAUGUGAAAUGCUAUUACACAUAUAUUAUUGGCCAUAUUUCAUUUUGAGAAAAGUAGUUGUUUGGGUACAAAUGUGAUAAAAACUAGCUGUGACUCUAACGUUCAACUGCAAAAUAAAGAUGUACUUUAGUAAUCUAAAGUGUAGGAGGUUUUCAAGAUUAUUUUAUGGGAGCUUUUUGUUAUUGGGCUUUUCUAACUUUAUAUUGAUUACUGUGUCACUUAAAAAUAUGGGGAGAAUUACAAGCAGAAAUUGAUUUCAAGAAUUACUGAUUCACAUAGUGGUUGUAUCUGAAUGCAGGAGGUGAGUAGGAAUUAAAAAACAGAAUUACAGUACUUCUGAAGAGAAUCCCUUGCAUUGUGGCCCUUGGCCACUGUUGAUCCCUUACAUCUCCCGAUUUCAGCACCUUUAUUCUAUUACCACUAAUGUAAGACCUUGUCACUCAGAAAACCUGUGUCAGUAGGCCUGUGAUCAGCCUGAUCACGUCUUCCCAAGAGGCAAUCAAUCAUACCAUUUCAUCUGAAAGAAAAUAAUCACUUAGGUAAACUAGAACAAAAAUAAAGAUUUAUGUUUAUUCUA